UAUCUACUUACUACCUAUUCAUUACAAUUCAACUACGUUAACAAGUUGCUGCAUAAAAAAGUGUCACCAUCACCAAGUAUCAGCUUGAAAAUGUUACCUUUAUUGUUAAGUGUUUUUUUGAUGAUUAUUUCUGGUAAUUCAGCGUCAAUUACUUCAUUGAUGGACUUACCGUUGAAUCUACCAAGGGGUAAUUACAUUAUUCAUGCAACGUUAAAAGACUUGGGCAAUGGAGAUAGAUACUUUAUGCAAGAGUUUAUUUCAUCGACAUCAACAAUUAACGGAAUGAUUGUAGUUGAUUCACCUAAAAAUACAUUCAAUGUUUAUUACAAUAUGAAGGACGGAAACGGGAAGGACAGUUAUGAGCGUCAAGUGAUUAUGGGUAUCGAUUGUUUUUUAUACAAAUUGUCGAGCUCUCAACUCUUACCUGGGAUCAAUAAGCGAUUGACGAGUUUGUUAGUAGCCAUGGGACCAUCGAUACUUUAUCGUCUCGGACAUGAAUCACUAUUUUGGGAAAGAGUGCGGAUAAAAAUGAGAGGCACAAUGAUGAAAAGUUUCAAAACCAAUAUCAACUUAUUAUACAAAUUAACUAAUUUGGAUCAACAAUCAGGUCUACAAGCACCGAGUCGAAUUGCUUUCAGUGGGAGUAACCCAUCUGAAGCAUAUUCAACGAAAGAAAAUCUAAUUUUGGAUAUUUACUUACAAGAGAUGGACUCGACUAAAGAUUUAUCGAAAAUUGUCAACCCACUUCCAGGACUCGGUUGUUCAGCUUAUUAUGAAGAUACUUUACCUCUUCCGAUGUUGGAUUUCUAUUUUGUCCAUUUCAUACUUUCGGAAACAAUUACUGGUCCAACAACUACUAAAAGUAUCAGCGAGAUACAUGCUGAUGGUAAGCUCAAAUUGAUGCGUUUGAAAACAUCACUUCUUGGCAUUGAAACGGAAGCUCUUUAUGACUAUUCACUUGGAAUAGUUAAUAUAUUUCAAGAUGGCGGAUCUUGUAACAUCAUGUUAGCUGAAAAAACAUCACCUGGUAUUGAUCAAUCCACUGGUCAAUUUAGUUUGAUAACAUUGUUUAUGUUGGAAGGACAUUACAAGUAUUUAGGUGAAAUGUACCUUGAAUAUCGACCUGGAUUCGUGGUGAAAGCAUGGGAAUCAAUCCAGUAUGAUACUAUUACUAAUAACGACAAAUACGAUAAGGUUGUGGUUACUCAAUAUUUCACUGAAACUACCGAUAAUAGCGUUUUUCGUGGAUACAUGCUUGUUGCAACGAUAAUUAACUGUUACAAGUUAGAUGCCAAGAAAGAGAAGUAUCAACUUGUUGAAGUUAUUCAGAGAGAUUACUUGGAUUUCCGCGUUUCAGAUAUUGAAUCCGAAUUUCAUGAUAAGUUUUCAUUAGCUGGAUGUAAAUAUUUCUCUGGUGAAAAGACGCUUACCUUUCAACUAGGAUGUCAAACACCGAAUUGUAUGAAGCUCGCUGAAGAUAAUGUGUACACGUUGACAGACCGCUUGAGAGAUUCACUACUCUACGGAUAUCCCCUCAGUCCAUUAAGACUAAGUGAAAUGGAUGUUACUUUCAGUACUUCGACGAUUGAUAUCAGGAUCGAUUUUCUUGAAGCACCAAAUCUACUAGAUGUAUUUUCCCCCAGAACAUAUUUUGUUAGCGAUGGUACUUUGAAGUCACUGUCACGAACUAUUAAAACUGCAGGAGAAAUUGACUGUCUAAGCCGACUAUCAACUGAUUAUUCUGAUUUCGAUGUUGUUCUCUUCUGUCCAACGCGUAAUACUUGUGGUACCAUGAAAGGAAUCGAAAAUGUCAAAGAAGAUGCUGAAAAAGGUCAAGUCUGUCAAGUCUUCCAAAUACCAUUACACAAUUUAAAUCGAAUGAUUCGAGAAAUUUCAAACAAAGAUCUUCAGUCCCGUUUACUUCGAGAUACAGCUUACAAAACUGUCUCACUGACUGAUAAAUCCUGGACUUCAAUCAAUUACAAAGUAAUUGAUAUUUUGGAUGAAACUCGAGACAAAACCGACCAUUCAAACGAUCUGUUUUACCUUUCUCAUUCUGGAGAGAAAUUAAAAGCUGGAGAUCCAAAUGUUGUUGUUGUGGCGAAUGUGAAGACAUUUGCCGACUGUUAUCGAAAUUGUAAAAACUCAGACGAAUUAGAAUGUCGAACUUUCUCUUAUUGUUCUAGAGAGAAGACAAGUGAAUGUGCAGUGACGAAUAUGACCUCCGAAAAAGCUCCAAUUGAUCUGACCAAGAGUGACUCGAACUGCGCAGUUUAUACCAAAAACAAUUUACUCGAUUAUUCAGUGAUCAGAAAUCGCCAAUUCAAAUCACCAUCUUCGAUCCCACUAGAAUUGUUUGUCGAUCAAUGUGCAGCAGAAUGUAGUUCAGAUGAAAACUGUGUCUCAUUCCAAAGUUGUGGCUCAACUUGUACCAUGGGUGGAUUUUAUACAGAUUCGAGUACCGAAUAUGAUUCUGAAUGCGAAAUUUACAUUCCUAAAGUUUCGAAUAUGUAUCAGGCCACAGGAAGAAAACUUGUAUCGGAAACUUUUCACGUCGAAUUCAAUUUAAAUUAUGAUCAAUGUGCUGCUUUGUGUUACAGUUGGACUGAUGAUUCGGACUCUUGUCAAUCGUUCAACUUCUGUCCAUCAGGUCGAUCGACAAGUACUUGUUCAUUGUCGAAAUACUCGGUCAAAGAUUCGAAGACUGCAACCACAGAUGCAACGAGUUGUUACAAUUACGAACUAGUUAAUAGCUCGAAUACGAAAAAACAAUCAACUCCCAUGGUAAAAAAAGGUACCAGCGGAUCAGCAGCAUUUGGAAUAAUUUUGAUCUUCAUAGCCACUGGUUUCUUAUUCGGCAUUGGACUUCCAAUUGCGUAUUUGAAGAUAAAAAAUCGAAGUACUCAAAGUUCAAGGAAUGGUCAAAGUUUCACUUGGACUCGACAAGUAGACGAUGAACAGCCAGAAGCUAAUUGAAUCUCCAUCCAAAAAGGCAAUUGGUAGUUUCAACUUGAUCUAAAUCAAUAAUUAAUGUAACUCUUAAAAUUACAAUUGAAAAAAUUAAGUAAAUUAAAUAAUAUUUUUACUAUAAAUAUUCAUUGAUAAUCGCUGAAUAAACUCCAUUGCUAUUGAUAA